AAAGGAGGUUGGAAAAUCAGCUUAAAUGAGCACAAAUGCUAUGGCGCGCCUUCCCUGCACUGAUGAGGUACAGAAUUCGUUCACCUCAUCUGGAGGACGACAGACUUGGUCCCAGGACUCUGAGAGCGAACUGGACACUGAAGAUCAGACUACAAGCUUGGACGAACAAGACGAACAGUCUGAGCUUUCAGACUCCAAAAAUAAUGAAAUGAAGUUGAGUAAAAAAUGGAUCAACUACCUCAAAGGCAAAAAAACUAACUCUGGACGAUACCAACCACACAAUAAACUUCAAGCAGAAGUCACUCGGGUAUCCAAUGAAGAACUCCAUGCCUGUCAGUCCUUUUGCACUAUUAAGAUAAACUUGAUCCAUCACAGAAUGAACUUGAAGGAGAGGAGCAGCAGGCAUAAAAAACAGCAGUUUAGAUUGAAUGCAGAGGUGUCAGAGAUAGAUGCCUUAAAUUGUACUGUCCCGGAUGAACUUUUGAACAGAAUCUAUUUUAAAAACACAACGAUGACACUAAAACAAAUGGAAGCAGCUAAGCAACACAUUUUGUCUCAGUGUCCUAGUUGUAAUAAGAAAAGAGCAGAGCUGGCCCAAUCUGCCUUCUUGAGGCAAAAGAAGACUUUACUCGAGUCACUUCUACUGGAAGAGAAAAUCGACGAACAUCUCCAUACUACAGAUUUUCUCACCCGUGUGGGCGAAGCACGACAGGGCCUUCCCAGGCUCUUGGAUGAUCCCAGAAUAAUUUGGAAAAGACUGAUUGAGAAAGCUCAAAUCCAAUACGGUGGCUUUGAAAGAUAAGAUACAAAGGAGAUGUAGCCACUUACCAAGCAAACAGGAGAUGAUUUGAGGGCCAAAAACUUUCCUGCAUGUACUUUUUUAGAGUAUAGAAGAUGAUGUAUUUAGAAUGGUUACAACGUUUUUUCAAUGAUCCAGGAGAGAGGUAUUGGUGGUUGGGACGACUGACAGUAAACAGAAAGAUGAGUAGUGAUGUAAAAGAUGCUUAGGAAGUAAAAAUGAACUUUUUGGUGAUGAAAUGACUAUAGAAGUUUAAUAAAAGGAAUGUUUAAAAUGUUAGUACAGUUCUCACUUGUGUACCUAGGUGAAUGAUGGUUUCAUUAAGAUAGGAAAACUAGAAGGUUCAUAAAACUAUAUGUAAUAGAAGUGAUCAGUACCACAAGAAUGGGAGAUCUUUUCAGGUCAACAUAACAUAGAGAACACAUGAUGAAUUAAUCAUGUGUUGGACACUGUUGAUCUUAGUAAUUGCCAUGAUAGAAAUGGGCUAGAAUGAGUAGAUUGAGGAGUAAAUGAAUAAAGAA